AUGAUGGCGAAAGUGCAUAUCGCACCGCCCCUCGGACUGGCCCGUUACUUUGUGUUGCCGAUUUGGGUCCAGGUUCCGGUUCCACGUGAAUCGAUAAUCUCUGCGAACAACACCGGGUCGAAACAUGUGUCGGUGUCGCGCUACGUGACACGAACGACGGACGAUGACGUUGAGGCGGGAUCGGUUGCGAUUGGAUGUGAUGCCGAAGUCUGUGAUAGAAGUAACUUGGUUACUGGCCACGGCGACGAGACUGCGAGGAAGGUGGCCGCUACCGCCGAGACGGUGGUCGAUGACAGCUGCACGGACACCGACGAUCAGAACAGUAAUUAUCUCAGCAUUAGCAACAGCCGUAGCAGCAGCUGCUUCGAUUUGCCGGCCGAGUGUUCGCCGAUGAUCAGCGGAAGGCCGACCGGCAGUGAAGUGCCGGAAACGGAUGGACGGGCCGCGAUGGAUCGCCGGCGGGACUGCUGCAGUGUCGUGGAGAUUGAGCCCCCGCAACAGAUGCCGCUGGUGAGGGAGGUUCUUUGUAGGCAGAGUCGGCCGGCGGCAGAAUCGAGUGGUGUCUCUGGACAGUCGGUGCUGGAUGACGAUGAGGAGGAAGACGAUGAGGAUUCGUCCAUGUUGACCCACUCGGCGGCUACGACCGCCACCGUUUCGUCGUACAAGUCGCGCAUCAUCAACACCAACGACGACGAGCCCGACUCGGAACGGAUGCCCGGAGCAGCAGCAGCAGCAGCGGUGAUCGAUGCAACCGACCUCGCGGCUAGCAGCGGUGCGACGAGUGUGCACAUCGUGGAUAAUCCGGUUAGCGACACGGCCACGGUCGAGCUCGGUGUGCCGGCCGCCGCAGCCGCUGGUAGCCGGCCAGCGGUGCAGCAGCAGCAACAGCACGCCCGAGUCACGACGACACCUUCGAGUCUCAGUAACUGCAGUGGCCUACCGACCGUGACCGUGGUGCAGCUGAAGCAGAGCAAAAAUCUCAUCUACUUCCUCCGAUUGAUCUUCAAUCACUGUAAGAGUUCCGGCAUCGGUGAGCCGAGCGUGUAUCAUGCCUUAGUAGUCAUAUUUUUGGAAUUCUUCGCCUGGGGCCUGCUCACGAUGCCCGUGAUAAAUGUCCUCAAUCAAACCUUCCCGGACCACACCUUCCUCAUGAACGGGCUGGUGAUGGGCAUCAAGGGUAUCCUGUCGUUCCUGAGUGCACCGCUCAUCGGCGCCCUGUCGGACGUGUGGGGCCGGAAGUUUUUCCUGCUCAUCACGGUGUUCUUCACCUGCGCCCCGAUACCGCUGAUGUCGAUCAACUCGUGGUGGUUCUUUGCAAUGAUCUCAAUCAGUGGCGUGUUCGCGGUAACGUUUUCGGUUGUGUUUGCGUACGUGGCCGACGUGACCACGGUCGAGGAUCGGUCACGAGCCUACGGUCUGGUGUCGGCCACGUUUGCUGCCAGCUUAGUUAUUUCACCCGCCCUGGGGGCGUAUCUGAACGAUAAGUACUCGGAACCGCUGAUCGUGGCCCUCGCGACGGCCAUCGCCGUGCUGGAUGUGUUCUUCAUUCUGGUGGCGGUGCCGGAAAGUUUACCAGAAAAGGUUCGCCCCAGCUCGUGGGGGGCCCCGAUCAGCUGGGAGCAGGCAGAUCCGUUUGCGGCACUCCGUAAGGUUGGUCUCGAUCAGACGAUCCUGAUGCAGUGCGUCACGGUGCUGCUGUCGUAUCUGCCCGAAGCUGGACAAUAUUCGUGCAUCUUCGUCUAUCUGAAGCUCAAGAUGCACUUCAGCUCGAUCGACGUGUCGAUCUUCAUUGCCGUCGUCGGUAUACUAAGUAUACUGACGCAGGUCAUCCUAGGCGAUCUAAUGAAGGCACUUGGUGCGAAGCGUACAAUAAUAAUAGGAUUACUGUUCGAAAUGUUGCAGCUUCUGUGGUACGGCUUUGGCAGCCAAACAUGGAUGAUGUGGGCAGCGGGUAUCCUGGCAUCGCUAGCGUCAAUUACGUACCCCGCGAUCAGUGCAUUCGUGUCGAUACAUUCCAACCCGGACCAACAGGGAGUGGUCCAGGGUAUGGUCACCGGAAUGCGCGGCCUGUGCAACGGUCUGGGGCCGGCCAUGUUCGGCGUCAUCUUCUACGUGUUUCACGUGGACCUGAACGACGAGCAUAACGUGCCGGCGGCGGCCGGCGGUCACGCCCUGAACGGGCUCGGUGCCGGUGGCGGCAUCUUCGACAGUUCCGACGCGCGCUUCGUGCGCAACGAAACGCUACUGCACGGUGGUGGCGGCGGCAUUGGUGCGUCGUCCGGCAUCGGUGGAGUGCACCAUCAUAUCGAGGACGAGUACUCGCAGCUGAUGCCGGGCCCACCGUUCGUGUUCGGUGCCCUGAUGGUGAUUUGUGCGAUCGCCGUCGCCGCCUUCAUUCCGGAAGUGCCGAACGACAACAUCCGGCGACCAUCGGGUGAGAAGAAAAGACUCUCACUGGACGUGGAUUAUGAGUACGAGCGUGGCCGGAAGGUGGCCGGGCCACUGUCACCCCUGAUGCACCAGGACUCCGCGCAGCUAUAGUUCAGCAGCGCCGCCAGCUCUCGGCCAGCCAUUGUCCAUCGAACGGCCACCAACGAACGGAACAACGUUCCUUCGUGGUUCGCGGUCCACUCGCCCGGGCCACUAUCAGCAUAAAAUCAGCGCCCCCAGCCCCCAAAAACCCCGAUCGUCAUCAUCGACCCUAGUUUGUACAAUCUUUUUCUAGCAUCUAAGAGGAAGCGGAAUUUCGAAACGGAACCCCACAAGUGGAACGGAUCGAGGAUCGUGGACCUAUUGAAGGAAGCAGGGGGAUGGUGAUUCGUUUUGUGUUUUGUGCGAGUUAAUCGUUUUGUCUCGCUCUUUUCGUCUCGCCAGGAGAGUGUUUUAUGAAACAGCAUCAGCAUAUAUGAUCAUCUUUCUUUUCUGGUUUUAACCACAAAACACUCGGCCUCGUUUCGUGCGGAAAGAAGUUCCUCAGAACCAAGAUUUUAUCCACCACUCCGUGUAACUCCGUGUUAUUGGGAGUGUAGUUGGGACUAGUUUCUGUUUGUUGAUGUGAGUUUCUUUUUUAAACGUUGAGAUCGAAAGCUUUAAAACUGAUCGUCGGUUGUUGUUCUUGUUCUUGUUGUUGUUGGGGUGGUGAUGGUGUGGCCUCUCGGGGCGCGGCAGCUACCAGGAGAGGAGAGACCGGUGAAGAGCGAAAGUUUUUGUUUUUCUUUUGGGACGGAUCUGCUCUCGAGGUCGAGUCAAUUGGCGGACGUUCACGCAUGAUCCCCCUAGGCCUGGUGGCCGGUGGCCAGUUUUGAGUGUUGGACCUCCUGGUCGAAAGAGGGUAGAGUGGCAGGAAAAAAUCCGAGUGAUAGUAGGUGAUAAGGCUAACGUUAACGAGUUGUGCGCUGGUGAGGAAUGUGAUCGGUCAGCAUGUGUGUGUGUGUAUGUGCGUGACGCGUACGGAAUCGUAAUGUAGAGACAGAGAGAGAGAGAAAGAGAGAGCGCGGGGACAGUACGGAAAAUGUAUAUCCUUUUCGCUAUUGUCGCUACCCCGGGGUGUGAUACGACUAAGUGUAUUUGUGUAAAUUAUUUUAAGGAAUCCUUUGUACAAGAUUUAACACGAUUUUUGGGCAUCGCGUUGCAGGAUUGAUUUCGAUUUUAAUACCAUCGAAAUCUGAUCGUUGUUGGGGGAAAAGUUCGCGCGGAGUACGAUCAUUUGAAUGAUUUCGUGACACUUGUCAUUUGUCCUGUGUACUAAGUAGCAGUUUGUGCGCAACUUUGGUCAGUAGUGUUCGGCCUCUAGCGGUGUUCGUUUUGUACUUUAAAACUGUGGCAAGAUCGUGCAAGAUAGUGGGGGACCCCCCGAACGUCACCCGAAGUAGCAGCAUCCAUCCAAGCAUGCUGGGUCGCUAUAGGUACGACAACAAAACACACACACAGACGAAUAACGUAACGUAACACAGGAUAUGCUGCAGCGCAAAGUAAUAACAAGUUCGCAAGAUCGAACACUCGACGCGUAGUGUGAUGAAGUGAUCGUAUCGUAAAACCUACCAGACGAAACACACACUGUUUAGUCCAAAGAUUAUGCAUUAACUUGUGAGCUAGUAGGGCUAGAAGUUUAGAGAGUAAACACUUGUGCGGCCACAACGCGCUAGAGGCGUGUGUUGUCUGCAUCUGACGCCCCUGAAAUCAAUAAACCACUUAUAAAAAUAUAAUGCAAAACAAAAGAUCAGCAGCAGCAAAACAUACACCUCUAUUUAGGCAACGGCGGCGGGCUCCGCAGGCUUCAGUAGACAGAGUUCCGUUGGCCCAAGCUGCGAGCUGCGUUUGUAAAAAUAAGAACCCCUGUUUUGUGGCUGACCACCACCGGUGCAGUCACAGAAUGCGAACCGCGAGUAGAAGAUUAAUCAAAAUAUGGCCCCAUCCUUGGCCGCUCCGUGUCCUUGAUAGGGUGGCGUAGCCGGGUGGCGCCGGAUGCACCUUUCCGAAGAGAGCACCUUUCCUUACACGACGCAACACACACAAUAUCAACGAAGAACUGAAAUGUGUUCGCGUGUGCCCCGCGUUUCAUUUUAUGCGCCCAGUUUUUUGCAGCGCGCUAUAGUUCCACGGUUUUGUAUGUUUUCUGUUCUCCUCAUCCCUUUUGUGGCCCCCGCCAGCACCGGGCGGACGCACCCCAGGGGCGACGGGGGUUUUAGAACUCAAGUCGAGAUAAUAAUUAUGAUAAUGAUAACAAAUGCGUAGACGUUACUCUUUAUAGCCUCUUGUCCUUUUUCUCGCGCGGGGACGGAGCAAAAUGAUAACAAAAAAUCGAGCAGAAACAAGGCGCCAGUAGCUGCUGCGUUCGGUGCCGGCCGUGUGCUAAGAGAACGUGGCCCGACGUGUCCAGCCCCCGGCCUAGCCCAGUUCAAUAAAUUUGUAAAUUGUAAUUGAAACCACGCAGAGAAUAUACAGCAAUAGUGCACACAAAAGGCAAACACAGAAACCAAAUGUGAGACGUGCAGCGGGACACAGUAUUCAGCGUGUGUUUGUUGGCCGGUGGCCGAAAGCCGAGAGUGUCAAUGAGAGAGAGCAAGAGAUUGCGCGACGAGACAGUGUGUCCGUGAGACUGUGUCGUUGGCGGACAGAGGUUACGGUGCGGACAGGAAAGUAGGACAAACGAAUGAUGGGGAGAAGAGGACGAGAAUAAAAAUAUUGGUAAA